AAAGUAUUCUAGAAGGGCUGUUUGGACCUGAAUUAUUAAAAGAUCUGGAAUUUGUUUAAAGACUUUGAACCUGAAGGUGUCUCUGAUUGGUCUUUUGAUGAAAAUUGUCUUUUCUGCUGUUUGAGAAGAGAAAAAGUGAAGGAACAUUUCGUCAGUCUGGAUGAUCCAGCAUUGGAAGUUGGGCAGCACGCUCUGCUUAAACAAGAGCAAACGAAGAUCACUUGGUUUGAGAGGCAAGCGGAAGAAUUCCUCCAUGAAGUCUUUUAUCGAAAAGAUAGUCCCAGGGUCUCAGACCCCAACAUUUCCUUAGUGGCCCGCGAGAUCAUGCAGCGGAUGAUCCGACAAUUUGCUGCUGAAUAUACCUCAAAAACUAGCUCUACUCAGGACUCCAGUUCGCCCAAUAGCACAAAGAACCAAAGCCUGCUGAAAGCAUCUCCGGUUGCCUCAUCCACUGCAGGUGCAAGAGCUCAAAAUCCCGUGCUCAGCAAACUUCUCAUGGCUGACCAGGACUCACCCUUGGACCUCACUGUCAGAAAGUCACAGUUGGACCCUAGUGAACAAGACGGAGUGCUUGAUCUGUCCACUAAGAAAAGUCCUUGUGCAGGCAACGCCUCCUUGAGCCAUUCACCUGGCUGCUCUGCUACUCCUGGGAAUGGGCGACCUGGGAGACCCAGCCAGCACCAUGCAGAGGGACUUCGGAGUGGUGAUGGGGUACCCCCAAGAAGCUGGCAGGAUGGAACGAGGGAAGGGUCUGGCCACUCCACAUCUCUCAAAGUUCCAUUGGCUCGAUCACUGCAGAUAAGUGAAGAACUGCUGAGCAGAAACCAGCAUGCUACCGCUGCCAGCCAUGGGCCAUCUGGGUUGCAGAAUCACGGACAGCACAUGAUACUAUCCAGGGAGGCUUCUUGGGCAAAACCACACUACGAAUUCAACUUUACCCGAAUGAAAUUCAGGGGAAAUGGUGCACUCCACAACAUUAGUGACCUUCCUUUUCUUACAGAAAACUCUGCUUUUCAAAAAAUGGCACUUCAAACUAAACAGGAUGGGAAAAAGGACAUGAGCCAUUCAACUCCUGUGGAUUUAAAGAUACCACAAGUUCGAGGCAUGGACCUUUCAUGGGAAUCCCGUUCUGGUGACCAGUAUAGCUAUAGCUCUUUGGUGAUGGGUUCACAAACGGAGAGCGCGCUUAGUAAAAAGUUAAGGGCUAUCCUUCCGAAACAAAAUAGGAGGAGCUUGCUGGAUCCUGGACCAGAUUCCUGGGGCUCAGAUGCUGAGCAAUCUACCUCUGGACAGCCAUAUUCCACCUCUGAUCAGGAGGGUGAUCCUGGCUCUAAGCAACCUCGGAAGAAAAGAGGCAGAUACAGACAAUACAACAGUGAGAUAUUGGAGGAAGCGAUUUCUGUGGUGAUGAAUGGGAAAAUGAGCGUUUCCAAAGCUCAGAGUAUUUAUGGGAUUCCCCACAGCACCCUGGAGUAUAAAGUGAAAGAGAGGCUGGGCACUUUGAAAAACCCUCCAAAGAAAAAAAUGAAAUUGAUGCGUUCGGAGGGACAGGAUGUCUCUGUAAAGCUUGAGAUAGAUCCCCAGGGAGAGGCAGCACACAGUGCAAAUGAGUCAAAGGACGAUUAUGAGGAGACAGCAGAGGCAGUAGCAAUAGAUUCUCUUGGCCAGCCGAAAUCUCCAUUGGAAAAAAUUAUGGUCAGACUCUGCACAUACCACCAGAAACACUUCGUCCGUGUCCUGAAUGACAUCUGCACUGAAGUACAAACAGGCUAUGAGGGCCAGCAGUUAUCUGGACCUGAAAACAUGGAUGUGUCUACUUGUAGUUCAGGGUGCAGCCAAUAUCAUAUUGAGAACCAGGAGCGUGGAACCUCUUGCUCUGAGUCAAAACUUCCUCUGUUGCUGGAUGCAGAACCAUCAGAGGCUCGUGGUUCUUUGAGAAUACUAUGCCAUGCACUGAAACAUGCUGUAGAACUGAAAUCUACAGACAGAAGAGAAAACUUCAGUUCUAUUGUCAGAAGAGACUUCCCUGAGCUUCCAACUAUUAGAACAACUUCUAUAAGUCCCAGAGAUAGUCCCACCCAAGGGUACCUCACUGCCUCCAAUACCCAUCACUCUAUUAAAAAUCUGGAAGGGCAGACCUCCGCUACUGAGCAAGAGAUGGGGGUUAGGAAAGGUGAAGAUGACAAAGAUCAGGUGCAAAGUAGAGGUUUACAGGGAGGCUAUGUAGCUGUGAAAGCAACAAAUGUACACAUUAAUGAGGAGGUUUUAGAGAAUAGGGUAGGUUCUUUGAAGAACCCUUUCAAAGCUUUCCCAGAGGAAACUCGAGAGCCAGCUUUCACCACUAGCUCUCCACGGAGAGCAGACAAAGAGAAUGCCUUGCAGUGCAGCUCCAAAGCCUCUGUGCACCAGGAUACUGAAAUCAAUGACCAAGAAACAAGAUCAAAGGUAGAGAAUCACUAUCUGGCUUCAGGGAAAAGCAAGGGAGGCUGCCACAUGCAUCCUGGUGACAAGACUCAUGUGGAGAAUGCCAAAGACAUUUGGCUGCCUAUUAAUUCCAUGCCAGCAGUGCACCACAAAACCACCAAUGGGCACUCCCGGGUCAAGAGUAUUUCAGCUUCUACUAAAAGUACACGUAAAAGCAAGAAGUCUUCAGGACUAAGAAUAAAUGACUAUGAUAAUCAAUAUGAUGUUGUCUAUAUUAGCCAACCAAUUACAGAAUGUCACUAUGAGAAUAAAAAGACAGUAUCAGCAAGAAAGACAGCAAGGAAGAGCACUCGUGGAUAUUACUACAAUGGUGAAUGUUGUGAGCUUCCUACUAUUCGCACCUUGGCCAAGAUUUCGCAUUCACAGGAGAAUGGGAACACCCUGGAAACAAGGCCUGAGGUGCUAACAAGUCCUAUCCAGGGCACUGUUCUUCCAAGUGGCAGCUAUUUGGCUGCAGCUGAACCUGUGGGUAGCAAUGAUGAUCAAAGAUCUUCCACAACGGCCCCUAUUCAAGAAGAUUCCUUCAACGAAAUAAGACCUGAACAAUGCUAUUAUGAAAGCAUCUCUUCUGAGGUCAAUGUCCUGAAACAGAGAGAGGUUAGUCUUGCUGAAGAAGCUACCAUGCCUGUUUCUCUAUUUCCCUGCCCUAUUUUUCAUCCAGAUAAAGACAGCUUGUUUGUGUCUUCACUGCAGACCAUGACUGUCUCUUUCCCUCAACAGAAUGAAGGGGACUUGCAAGACAGUACUAGCAUGCUGGAGGCACAUAGCUCUGGCUCUGAUUCUUAUAACUGUAAUAGACCGAAAGAAAAUAGUGACAGUAUAGCAGACUCUGUUGUACAUUCUGUGUCAGAAGCUGCUAAUGAUAAAACAGCUUCUCUGUUCUUGGGAAAUGUGACUAUCCCAGAACCGCCUAUUUUGAUAGAACCAGAACCCCAUGUUAGCAUGGAUCUGUUGAUGCCUGAAGUAUCUGCCAAUAACAUGGACUUGUUGCCUCCACUAGAGGAGCCUGCUUCUAUUAUAAAUGUAUCACCAUCUAUAGAACCCCCACUACUUUCCCCUAUAGACUUGGCAGAACCCUCAGUAGUACCACCUGCUCUAGAUGUUCUGGAACCUUGUAUGACAUUUCCUUCAGAGAUUCCCUAUAUUCCCAACAGUGUAUCACCUGUGCAGCUUGUUGCCAGCCCAAGGAGCAUGUCUCCUGUAAUUCAUCCUACCGGUGGGGUGCCUGAACUUCCUGCUCAUAUUGACCUAGAACUUUCAGAGACUCUUUCUGCAGAACCUUCAGUGGUAGCAACUAUCAAAAUGGAUGUGGAGCUUCCCCAGCUGCUUUCCAAUUUAGAAGCAGCAACGCUGCCUCUCAGUUUGGAUUGUACUAACACACACGAAACCAGUGUUGAAAAUUCCCAGAAUUUGAAAGAAGGACUCUCUGUUGAAUGUAAAAAUGUGCUGCCCAUUGUGGAUGCCAAUGAAGAUAAGAGAGAGAAAAAUAUAAAUGAUACAAUAGACAUCAGUGAGACCACCAAGUCUGAGGAGGAAAUAGAGGCUAAUAGUGAAAUUCCAGUAGAGCUCAAAACAUCAGAAAAGGACAAGAAAGAGACUUCUUCCAAAACAAACAUAGACAAAAAACGAAGGCGGGAGAAAAAAACCCACAUUGUUUCGGAUCGCUGUCUUCGAAGCCAGCAGUCUCUGGCGCCUACAGAGGACAGUUCUGAACAACCCUGUUCUUCCAACUCUGUUCAGCUUCCGCAGCUACAGAUAAAGCUUUCUAAAAAUCCUGGUGCUAAGCGUUUUAAGAGAGAGGUACAUCUUGAUGGGGCAACAUCUGUCUGUGUUCCUAAUGACAGACUCCAUCACACACUGCUAAAUGAUAGUAGCAAAUCUAUUGAACAGCAGGCAGACGAGGGAAAUGACAUCACAAUAAGGCAGACCUAUAAGAAACUGAUGGCAAAGGAAUCUAUAAUAGAAGGAAGCCAGAAUGGAGAAGAUAACAAAGAUAAUCCAGCAGCAAUGCUUGAAAUUUGCUUAGAAGCCAGUUCUGACAAGAGAAGUGUUCAUGUUCCAACAGAGGUGUCUGAUAAGACCAAAAAGCAGAUAGAUUUAAAGCCAGAAUGUUUAGAGAAUUCUGACAGUCCUAUGAAUAUUAUUGAAGUAUUGUCCAACCAGCAUGAAACAAGUAGCUUCACAUGUCCUAGUAGCAAGCAUGUACGGCCAGAGAAGACAAUGAAAUGCAAGAAACCAGCUCUACAGUUCUAUAACUUGAGACACACUCCUACUACAUCUCAUGUGGUCACUGCCACAAAAAAUACAUCAGAAAAAACAAUUGUACAAGCAAACUCUGAUAUCAUGACCACAUCAGCAGAUCCCGUUCUCGCAGAUGAACCAAAUGCAAGAAAUGAAAACUCUGUUGAUUUUAAAAGCAUAAAAGUACUUUCUGACAAGCCCAGAUUUGUGGAAUGGUGUGCUGAGGAAGACAACCAAGAGCUCAUCACUAACUUUAAUGCCCAGUAUAUGAAGAUCCAGAAAGGCUGGAUUCAGCUGGAGAAGGAGGCUCAGCCAGCUCCAAAGGUCAAGAAUAAAUCUGACAAGUUGAAAGAGAUUUGGAAAAGCAAGAAGAGGACUCGAAAAUUUAAAGGAUCCACUGAAGUCCAGAAAUUGUCCCCUGUUCAGAUGCUUUUCAUGAAGAGUUUUGAUAUAUCCAAUAUCUGUAAAUGGUUUAUGGAGACAACUGAAACCAAAUCUCUGGUCAUUGUGAAGAAGCUGAACACACGUAUCCCAGGAGACAUUCCUCUCAUGAAGCUUCCACUCCAGAAGGGUUGUUCUUCUGGCAUCUAUCCCAGUUCUCUCCAAGCAGAGCGUCUAAAGAAACACUUAAAGAAGUUUGCUGCUAUGACCCCAGCAAAAAAUACUAUAAAGAUUCAAAAGCUGUGGACCAGACUUCGAGAGAAUAGUGAUCAGACUGAGUCAGAGCAGAUUGUCAGUCCAAAGCCGACAUCUCCCUCUGAAGUCAGCUUGGCGCAAUGUAUUGGACCCAAGAGCAUCCAGCCUUCUCCUAGCAUGCCGGUGCAGACUAGCUCACGGAUCUUGAGGAAAUAUUCCAACUUGAGAGGCAAACUUCAUGGAUUCCAUAGAGUGGUCAAACAGGAGAGGCCUGACUGUGUGUCCAAGCACCUCUUGACCGAAAGCAGUUCAAGCAACAAGAGCAUGUGCAUUAAACCCUUGAUGUCCCCCAAGUUGGCCCAGCAAGUGAAAGCCAUCCAACUUCCUACUAAAACCACUCUGAUUGAAAAAAGAGGAAAGGGGAGAAAAGGGAAAGGAAAGUUACAGGAGGACACCUCCACUAAAGGCAGCCUUCAGCAAAGCAAAAAGAAGACACCAAAUGAGAAUAUCAGGACGCUGACCCUGGGGCAGUUGAGUCCUUCAAGCAAGGAAAGAAUCUCUCUUAAGAAAGUCAGUAAAGUGAAGCAAGCGGGAGCUCCAGCUACUAGAAAGCAGACAGCAGCAGGAAAAAACAGUAAGCACACCUCUCAGAAUGAGAAGUCAAAGAAACUAAUUGACUCACAACCUGGGAAAAAAAAGGCUCCCACCCACAUGGGGAAAGCCAGUACCAGUCAAAAGGCCAGCCUGCUCUCUAAGCAGCAAGGGCUUAUGAAGGCUCUAAAGGAGAAAAUGGUGCGAGAUCCCCCCAGCCAGUCUCUUAAAAAGGCAAGCAGUGAGAAAGCUCUCACCAGGUCAGUGAAACGAAUUCAGGAGAACAAAACUCGGAGCAAGAGGAAGCUGAGGGCAAAGAAAGAACCUUCUCCCAGCAAGCGCAGGCGACUGGAUGCAAAGUAG